AUGACGACAUUCUCUUCUGCAGACUCUUCAGCAACAUCUUCUACAGGAUCAUUAACAAAUACAAUACCACAAUGUUUGAAAACUUCUUCAUGUUUACCUAUUUCAAUGUGCCUAUUUGGAGAUGGUGUAAAAGCAAAUUUAUGCGAUACAGAUGGUUGGUUAGAGUUAUAUAAUGAAUUAAAAGGUGCAGAAAAGAUUGAUAAUUAUAGUAAUGGUAUUAAUGGGAUAAAUUCUAAUUUUCAGUCUGGAAGUAUAUUUAAUCACUCAAUACAGCUCUCUGUAAAUGAAUUUGGUGAAAGUAGUCAAUUGAUACCACAAGGAAGAAGGAGACGCCUAACUCCAACAUCAAUUAAUUCUUCUUUAUCAUCCCAUAAUAUUAUAGAUGAUCAUUAUGAAGAUAUUGUAAAUGAAAGAAAAUGUAGAAUAAUAAGAAAGCAUUUUCAAACAUAUUUAACAUCACAAAUGGAUGGAUUUGAAUUAAGUAAAUUUAUUAGUUUAUAUAUUUCAAUUUUAUUUCAAUCUCCUUUAACAUUAGUUUUAUUUAAAGAUGAUGAAGUAAAUGAAUUAACUGGAGUAUUUCCUACUAAAGGAACAUGGAGUUCUAUUUUACCUAGUGUUAUUACAAGUAAGUGGAUAGAUUAUAAAUCUAGUUGUAAUCACAAAACUCAUAGAUGCAGCCAUGAGAAAAUAAGUGUACGUAGUUUUGAAAAAGAGGUUAAAAAUUUGACUAGUGAUACUUUCGUUACUAAUCAAGAUUUAAUCGGUUAUAAAUUUAAUGAGAUAUCUCAAUUUGAUAAAGAAAAUGCAUGUAGGGAUACAAUAAUAUUGCAUAAUGGUGAUGAAUUUAUUAGUGAUUCUAUAUCAUUUGAUAUUAAUAAUCAAAAAGUUGGAUCUUUUAGUAAUGGUGAUGCAUGUAUUAGUGAAUCAGUAUGUAAUACUAAUAAUGAUUUGGAACGUGAUUAUUGUUCAAAACAUUCUAAUAGUUUAGCAUAUAACUAUCGUUGUAGUUGUACUUCUACAAUAUCUAAUAAUAUUCCUCAAAUUAGUCAUGUAUUUCCUAAGAAAUAUGGAGAUGGAUUUGUAUUAAGAAAUUUAACUGAUGAUCUUAUACACCCUGUCUCUACAUCUUUAUCUUUACCAAUUAAGUCUAAGAUAUUUUCUAGAUUAAGUAGAAGAGCUACUUUUCCCCCAUCAUCUGCAAUGAGAUAUUUUGAUGGUAAAGAUUUUGAUAAUUCAAAUUUACUAGGUGGUGAUUAUCCUCAAGAAGAUAUGAAUAACUCAUCAAGUAAUAUUGAAUAUGAUAUAUUAAAAUUUUCAUUAAAUAAUAAGAGUUUUUUAAAUCAGAUAUUUACACAGGGACUUAAGCAACAUUUUCAUUAUUUUAAUUUUUCACCACAAGUAUGUUGUUAUAUCUUAAAAUCUAUAUAUAAGUUAUCAGAUGAAAUAAGUCCUAAUUGUGGAGUUUCUGAUAUAGCAAUAUACAAUCAAAUAAAUGGUAUGUAUACAAAUUCUGAUUUUAUAAAUUCAUCUCCGGAUGAUAUUUUUGGUCUUUAUUUUUACAAGAAAUUAAAAUAUAUUCAUCAAUUACCAUGUGAUAUUGCUUUAGCUACUCAGUGUCCUAUUUGUUGUUUAAAUUGUAAAGAUAAUUCUGAAUUAGAAAAGAAUAACUAUUCAAAUAUAAAUCAGAAUUCUAUAACUUAUGGUAAAGGUUACUCAAUCACAAAAUCAAAAGCUAAUUGUCCAAAUUAUCAUAAAUCAUUAAACAUGAAGAUACCAUAUUUACAAUCUCCUGAUAUAUCUAAAAAUUCUUAUAAGAUAGAUAAGGAUGUAAAGAAUCUAAGGAUUUCUCAUGAAAAUAAUUUAAUAGAAACCUCAGGUAAUAUACUACUUAUGGAAAAUUUGGGAAUUAGAAGAGAUUCUUCUAAUAAGAUAUUUAACAAAAUAGAUAAUACAAUAGAUACUGAAUGUCUUGGUAGUAAUAAUUUUAUAAAAAAUACAGAUAAUUUAUUAAACAUAAAUAUACAUUCAGAUUCUCUUGAUAAGCAUGAUAUAGAACAAAAUAAUAAUAAUUUUGUAUAUAAUACUUGUACUGCAGAAUAUGAGAAAGAAUUGAAGAUAAUAAAGGAAUUUUCUGAGAUAUCAGAUUGUCCGGUAAUCAAGGUUUCUCCCCCUUCAAUUUAUUCUGAUUCUUCAAAAUGUUGUAUAUGUGAUAGUUAUCCUUUAUUUACAGCAUAUAGGUAUCAAGAUGAUAAUAUAUUUGGUGAUGAAGGUUAUAAAGAUCUUUUUAAAGGAAAUAAGAGUUUAUCUUGUUACUAUCAAAGAUAUAGCAAUUGUAAGAUUCCUUUAAUAUCUUGUACUAUUGUUGAUCCCCGUAAUUUAGUUGAUCAUUUUAAUGAUCAACAGCAUGAUUUUUUAAAUAAUUUUGUACAAAUUUCUAGGAAUUCCCAUUUACCUUCGAGAGAUUUAAAGGCAGCAUCCUCUUAUCAAAAUAAAAAAAGUAAUAUUCAUCUUUCCAAUGCUAUUGCAUUAGUUAUAUGUUUACAACCACAAAAUCCGAAUAUAUUACUUCUUAAGAAUCUUGUUGAAGAGAUUCAAAUUUUGGUGGCACUUUUUCUUGAGCAAAAAAGAUCAAUAAUAUCUUUAAAUCAUCUCUAUGUUUGUUAUGAAGUCCAUAGGUGGAUUUUUAGACCUCUUUUAGAUUACAAAAAGAUCCUCUUAAUGGAAAAUGGAAAUUGGGAAGCUGCACAAAAGGUUCUUACUAGGUUAUCAGAUUUUUUACAAAAAUUAACUCCUACGCAAUUGGUACUUGUUUAUGUUGUUGAAUAUUUUCAUAAAGAGCUUGUAUGUAUUGUUGGACCCAAAGCUUUGAUUGGAUAUAGAAUAUCAUCUGAUGAUCCUGUUAUGCAUUCAGUAUUAACUGAAAGGCGAAUAAUUUGUUGUGGUGAUCAGGAAUCGGUAGAUAAGCUACCUUUAUCACUUAGCAAUAUCAUUGAAUCAUUAAUAACACCUUUUAAGAUGACUAAUUCUGUUGCAAUUCCUAUAUAUUCACCUAAUGAAAGUGUAAAUAUUGUAGUUCAACUUGUAAACCGUUUAAAAUUAUUUGGAAUUGGACAAAUAUCUGAUAUUUUAAGGAAAGAAAAUAGGAAGAAAAAAGUACUGCAAAAUCAUUUAAACAUGGGAUUAAUGAAUCGUACAAAUGUUGUAAGUGGAUUUUCUUUUUUAGCACAUAGAACUUCACUAAGAUCACAAAGAUUUGGUACAAGAAAUAAUGGUCUCACUGUAAUAAAAGACAUGACAAGUGAUCUUGAUUAUAAUUCUAAUAUUUCUUCUGGAGUUUCUUCAUCUUCAUCCUUUGGAUCUCUACAAUCUUUCUUAAUGCAUGAUAAUGCACUUAAUUCAUACUAUACAAAUUAUAUGAAUAAUGGAAAGAGGAAUUCAACUAAUUUAAGCAUUUCUGUUAAAUAUUCGGAAAGUGAUCUUCAUAAAUCUUAUGAUAUUUUUGCAAAAUCUUCGUCAUAUAUGUCGUCACCAUUCUCAUCAUCUUCAUAUCCAACAAAUUCUGGUCAAUCUGGUAAUUCUUUAUCAAUAGACAAUAAUAUUCUUUAUGAUACAGUUAAUAUAAUUACAAAUUUUAGUCCUUUAGAUAUAAAUUUGUAUAAUACUAUAACAAGAGAAAUAUCACUUGAAUUUGGAACCCAGAUUAUGAUGUUAAAUAUGCACUUAUUUUACUGUUCAAUGAGGCAUAAAAAUAAACGAGGAAGUAAUAAUAAUCAAAUUAUCCGUGCAAUUAGAAAUGAUAUUGGAUUUAAUUCUAAUAUUGCUUCUUCUACUUUUAAAAGUUCUAUUCCAUCUGUGAUUUCACAAUCUACUUCAAAGAGAUGCCAUUAUAACAGUAAUACCGAAAAGAAUAGUGCAUAUAAUGGAAAUAAUGAUUCUUUGAUAAAUGAAAGGAGAGGAAGUUUUAUUAUUAGUAAUGACUAUAUUUCAGAUGAAGAAAUCACAUGUAAUGUAAGUAGUGAGAAGUAUUUAGGGAAUUCCUCAAGUCUAACUUAUGAACAUAUAUCUGGUAUUCCCACAGGGAAUGAAACUCAUGGAAUUUUAUAUAAUGAAUUUAACUUUAAAAAUAAAGAUAUUAAAAAGGAAGUAUUAGAAGAUAAUAACAAUGAGCAGUAUAUAGUGGAGAAUGAGGAUGUUAAAGAUGACAUUUUAGGUAUAAAAUGUGGAUUUACAAUAUACGAUAGUAAACUAGAAUACAAGAGAGUAUUAAGUGGUCGCUUAGAUAUGUAUAGAGAAUGGGGAUUACCUUUAUGGUCUCAUAGAUGGGAAAUACAUCGUCAAUUUUUAUUAGAUAUAUUUUGUUUCUUUGAUUUUGAUAAAAUAUGGAAUUGGGAACAUACAAAAUUAUUAAAACUUUUUGAUGCAAUCAAAGAUUCUUAUAAUUCUAAUAAUCCAUAUCAUAAUAUAUUUCAUGCUAUCCAAGUUGUACAAGUAUCAUAUAUUCUCCUUUACGAUUAUGGUUUGAUGCACGUUUUUUCAAAUAUCCAAAAAUUAGUAUUAAUAUUCAGUAGCCUUGUCCAUGAUAUUGAUCAUCCUGGAGUUAACAAUUCAUUCUUAAAAAGUACAAAUUCAAAAUUAGCUAGAAAAUAUAAUGAUGUAUCAAUUUUGGAAAAUCAUCACUGUAAUUAUACUCUUAGAUUAUUAGAUCAUCUUCAAGACUGUGAUAUUAGGAAGAGCUUUAAUGAACAGGAAAACAUCUAUUUCAGAAAAUUACUUAUCCAGGCUAUUUUAUCUACAGAUAUGUCUAAUCAUACUAGACUUAUUUCUAUUUUGGAGGAAUUCUUAUCUAAUAGAGAGCUUACAUAUGAAGUUAUUGAUAAUAAUAGAAAUGUAGAUUUAUCCCACUCAAAUUUAGAAUUAAUAAGAAGUGAACAUGUUAAUAAUAUUAAACUCGUUAAUAAAUAUUAUAAUUCCAAUUUAAGUGGAGAUAAAGAUGACUAUAAAUCUUAUAAAAGAAAUUCAACAUUGUUGAAUAAAAGUCUGAUAUGUAGUGAUAAUAAUGAUAUAUGUAAUAUUAAUAUAGUUUCUUCAGCUCUAUUAGAAAUAGAUAAAGAUUUACUUGUUGAAGUAAUUCUUCAUGCUGCAGAUAUAUCAAAUCCACUUUGUCCAUCUCCAAUUUGUUAUCAAUGGGCAUCACUCAUACAAGAUGAAUUUAAUAGUCAAGCCUUAUUAGAAUAUCAAUGUAAUUUACCAAUUACACCUUAUGCGAAUUUUAAAGAUGAAAUUAGUAAAGUAGAUAUGCAAAUUGGCUUCUUAGAAUUUGCAGUCAUUCCUCAAUGGAGAGUACUUUCAAAAAUUAUACCUGCUACUUCUAAGUUAUUAGGAAAAGCAGAACAAUCAAGAAUUAUAUGGCUUGAAAAAAGACAGAAAAUUAAAGAGUACAAAGAUAAAGAUAAAGAUUACAGUGAUAUUCCUAUGGAGAAACAAUCUUAUCAAGAUAAACUUCAAAAUAAUAUAUUAUUUGAUUUCAAUUUAGAUACUUUGAAAAAGUAUACUAUUUCAGGAUACGAAGUUCUUGGUAAUACUAAUAAUUCUAAGUACAAAUUCUUUGCAUGUGAGAAAUACUAUGAUAUUGAUAACAGAACAUCAACAAAUUUGGAAUCUCUGUCUGUAUCAAAUAAGGGAAUAGAAGUCAAUGAUAUAACUACUAAGAUACUUCUUAUAUAUGAUCUAUUUAAUAUAUAG